CGGAGGCGUUGGUUUGUAGCCGUUCCAAUCGAGGCAAGGCCGGUAGGUUUCGAGAGCAAAAGUGCGGGAGAAAAGCUAUGAAAAUUAGGCCUUGGCUGCGCAACGUUUGUCACUCGUAGCAUGCUCGAUACUUUGCCGAGAAACUUGACCGUUCGGCGCAGUUCCUGCUUAUCGAGACCAGUGUUAUGACAAGGCUCCGCGCCCAGCAUUGCCAAGCUUCCACGGUUGUUGGUGAAGCACUCCGACGAUGCGAGCGUCCACCUAGGAGACUCGAAGUUCUUUUCGUGUGGACGCCAGCAUGACCAAAGCUGCGAUGACCAAAAAUUCGGGAUGGCGAUAAAGUUUUUCGCUUUCUGCAUCGUCGUCUGGCUUCUAGGAUGCACCUGUUGCUGCAAGGAGGACACUGAUAGUGGGCUUGGUGAAAUUGCCAGGACCAAUGGAGCUCAACAUGCAAAUCACGCUGCUGCUGUGCCCGUCUCGGAGGCUGAGACCCCAAUUAAGGAGUUUCUUGAGCAUUCCAACGACCUCCAGUUUGUUCGUCCACAGGAGCCAAAUGAGCUACCUGUAUCAUCUACCGUGGAGGUUAUAGCGCAAAGUAUAGAUUUAGAUUCUACAUCUUCAAAUGAAAACCCACAGCAAGAGGGGCAACAAAGUUCCGUGCCAGCAGCAAGUAUUGUUUCUGCUGAUAACAAGAAACCAAGGGAAGCAACAUAUACAUUAGAAAAUGACCAAGCAUCUUUAGCUUAUAGUACGACCCAAGCUCCUGAUCAGACCAAUGACACAGAGCAUGUGAAAGCUGCAACACUGGGCUCUAGUUCCGAGAGUGGCAGAGCUACUUUGGAACCAGUCUUGCCAGGAACCAAGCAAGAUCAGGAGUCGCAGGGCCCAGAAGACAUCAAUGCAAGGGAACCCAUAGAAAUAGAAGAAGGUAGUUUUGUUCCUGGCUCUACACUAGGAGCAACAGAGCCAAGUGAGCAGCUGCCCGAUAGCACGCUGAAAAAAGAAGGUGAUGAAGGUACUGACCACGAUCGCAAGGAGUCUUCAGAAAAAAUGCCCACUUUUGUGGAAUGGAAGCAGAAGAUGCUGGCCGAGCAUGAGAAAGGUGGGGAACAACCACCGGAAGUACAGAGCACUUCACCUAAGAAAAAGCCAACUGGGAGCAAGAGCAGGCGUAAUUAUGCCUCAUACGAAUGUGGUGCAAAGGUGCUUGCCACAAAUGCAGAAGCUGAUGGAGCUGGACGUGUCCUCAAUGAACAGAUGGAUGAGUACAUGCUAAACCCAUGCAAAGCCAAGAUCUGGUUUGUCAUCGAGCUGUGUGAAAUGAUCCAAGUUUCUCAGGUUGAUAUCGCCAAUUUCGAGCUGUUCUCUUCAAUGCCCAGAGAGUUCGCUGUACUGAUGAGUGACAGGUACCCCACGAGAGACUGGACACCACUUGGCAUUUUCACAGCACUGGAUCAGAAGGUGGUACAGAGCUUUGACCUCCAUUCAGAAGCCUAUGGAAAGUACAUCAAGGUUGAGUUGCUGAGUCGUUAUGGAUCAGAGCACUACUGCCCGCUGAGCCUGUUGCGCGUAUUUGGCACAUCCAUGAUUGAUGAUUACGAGCAACUUGUCGAGAAGCCUCAGGACCCUAGUGCUCAGGAUGAUGAUGAAGAAGAAGCUUCUACUGAACGGUCUGCAUCAAGGAAUGUUGUGGAUAGGGCAAAAGAUGUUGUAAUCAGCCUCUUCAAAGUGCUCAGAAGGGACCAGGAUGGAGGAGCUGUGGAUUCUUUGGCAAGUGCUCCAUGUGCAGAUUCAAGUGCAAACUGCAGUGUUGUGAAUGUGUCUCACCAAGCACACAAUGCAACUACUAGACGGCUUGGCUGCCAGCAAAACAGAAGUCUGCAGUUUUUUGGGUCUGAGUUUCGGCAAUGCACCAUGUGCUCUUUGUUUGUGGGUCAGUCAGAAGGGACGCAAACUCCAAGUGAAACCAUUACCUGCCAGUUUCACCGUACAUUUCUUGAAGAUGACUGUCCCGUAAGCCAAUCUGAUCAAGGACAAGAACCUAGUGAGAGCACUGGGAGCUUUAGUGAUGUGUCCCAAAAGACAGACAGCACUACCGAGCUGACAGCAGCAAGUUCCAGUCCUGAAACAACAUCGGUAUCAGCCCCAACAAAAUCUUCAUCCACGCUUUCUACAAAUGCUACAUCUCUAAUGGAAACAUCAAAAUCGGUUGUCUUGCCCAGUAGCGACACAGCACAGACAGAAAGCUCAAAAGCUUCUUCUAGUCCUUCAAGUGUAACAGCAGCUUCUAGCCUUGAGUCAGUUACUAGUGUUGACCAAAAGGACCUCUGGGACAAUGAAACAACAUCGAAACACUUUAGCAGUACCCCUGAAACGUCCCACCAGGAGAGCACAACAUCACAUACUUCUGCAGCCUCCACCACCCUUCAGAGUAGCUCUCAAUCGUCUAUUACUACUACAGAUUCAGUGACAGCAACUCCAAUAAUCAUUGAUGUGCCCACGUCCGUGAAGACUCAUCCUUCAAAGACAUCAACUGCUGGCGCGGAGGCUGCAUCUCCUGCAGUGGACUCAGCAUCACCAAAUAGUGUAACAAUCGUUUUAGGAGAGCCAACAACGAGUGAAGUGCACAGUGGUGUUUUAAUCAUGGGUCCAGAGACUGAUGGUGGCAGUGUAAUUGCCACUGUACCUUUGCCUCUCGAUGAACUCGUGUCUGAUACCGAUUUGCAACUGAGGGAAGUUCGUGCUCCUCCCCCAGAAGCAGGCGCCUUAGCUCUAAGCAACCAGCGGGAAUCUGUGUUUAUGCGGAUCAACAACCGCAUCAAAGCUCUAGAGCUUAAUAUGUCCCUGAGUGGGCAGUAUCUAGAAGAGCUGAGUCGCCGUUACCGGCAUCAGAUGGAUGACAUGCAACGAGCCUUCAAUCGCACUGUUAAUGCACUCAACAAAACUGCUCAGAAGGCUGCCGAGAAGGAUCUUCGUCAACAGGAGACCUUGGUGCAGCUUCAGCAGCAGCUGGACAAUCUGACCCAAGUAGUGAACACUCUGCUUGCAGAGCGCCAGACUCUGAGCAAGCAGAUUUUCGAGAGCCAUCUUUGCCUUAUCCUGAUCGAGGCUAUCAUCCUGGCUACGGUGUUCUCAUUGUGCCUGCGCCGCAUGCGUGCCUCUUCAGUCAUAACGGCACAGCAGGAGGGUGCAGCCCGGCCCUCGACCCCUGCCCGCUUAGUACUGAAACGGCGCACAGCAUCUGUUGGCCAUGAGGAGCGCAUUGAGGAACUUGCCACUGUGGCAGAGAAAAAGCAGAAGCCUAGUAAUGAAGACUUGCACUCAAAGAGCAGCGUUGUCAUUGUGGAGCCUACAGUGCCUAUAGUUGUGGAAGCCCCUACAGCUCCAAUGGAAAAGACCAAAAAAGUGAACAAGUCGAAAAAGCACAAAGGACCUCGUCGCAAAACUUCACUGCCCUGCUACCCUUUAUCGAAGACAGGAACAGGCAGCACAGCAAAGGAGUCUUGCAUUCCAGAAAGCAACGCUGGCGUUCUGUUUAGUAGCAAGGACACUCCAAAGAAUACACAAACAGUGCCGAAAACAUCUGGAGCACACGCAUCAGUCGCUGCAGCAGCAAAAGGCAUUGGCACUUCCAAGUUCCACAAAGGCACAGAGAGUAAAGGUGGGCAGAAUGGGACACUGAAGAGCAGCAACACAUUGCAGCCAGCCGAGUGUAUACGGUGGAGUGGACAGAGUUGUUGCAACAAGGAUGAUCGUCUAGGAAUUAUCAAGUUCGUGAGGCUACCCGGGAAGACCCCCGUCUAGUCAGAAGUCAGACCACAACCAGGACUGAAGGACUCAGUGAGCGUGUGUUGUGUGUGCAACCAAAGCACUGGUGUGCCAGGUUCAUUUAUUUAUUUUUUAAGGUAAUGCUGCAGGCAAGUGUUAGGAAUUAAGUUUUAUUUUAUGUGUGCAAGUGUAUAUUGUUUUUACCUUGUUCUACUGCUAUUAAACAUUUGUGUGUCUCACCACAAGCAUCCGAUGACUUUUUUUUUGUGAAGUCAUUAAAGGAGUAUCAAAAUACAA